ACAUAUUUGAUAUAUUUCUUCAGUUUCAGUAUUUCGCUUCUAAAUUUCUAUACUUCAUGCGUGUAAAAUCAACCUCUUGUGCCCAUUGACGGGUUAAAGCGUCAACAGCUGAUUAUGUUUGGCUGGCUAAAGUCCAUUGCGAAACAACAUAUGUAUUUUGAACGGGUAAUUGCUUAAGAUUAGACAUUUUUCUGUUAACUAAGUUGAGCUAAUAAGUAUGUGGGGACUCAUAACAGUCCGACGUGGACAUUACACAGCCAGGUAUUUCAGAUUAUACAGCAAUAGUAUGAAGGUGAAAGUGUCUGUGAAGCAGGGUGUCCUGGUUGGACAACGGGAGCAGCUAGCGAAUGGCUUUCAGUAUGAGAGCUUUCUCGGUGUGCCCUAUGCCCAACCACCUGUGGGUGAGCUACGUUUUCGGAGCCCUCUGCCACUGGACCGUUUCCCGGAACCGGAGCUGGAUUGCAGCAAAGAAGGCAAUGUCUCGCAUCAGCGUGACCCAUUUACCCUUGAAGUAGUUGGCUCCGAGAACUGUCUGUUCCUCAAUGUCUAUGUGCCCAAGAGCAAGUCACAGAAGCCGCUGCCCGUCAUGGUCUGGAUUCAUGGUGGAGGUUUCUGGUUUGGCAAUGGCAACAGGGAUUACCACUUUCCUGCGCAGCUCAUGCAAGAGGAGGUCAUUGUGGUUACGUUGAACUAUCGUCUUGGAGCCUUGGGAUUUCUCAGCUUGCCCGAGGCGGGUAUUUAUGGCAACGCGGGUCUGAAGGAUCAACGCUUAGCUCUGCAGUGGGUGCAAGAUAACAUUGCCAACUUCAAUGGUGAUCCACAGAAUGUUACCCUCUUUGGAGAGAGUGCGGGUGGUGCUUCAGUGCAUCUGCAUACGUAUGCCGCGCAUGCCAAUAAACUAUUCCACAAGGCAAUCAUGCAGAGUGGAACAUCCAACAUGGAUUGGGUGUUCCAAGAUAAUGCUUCAUACAGGGCGCGACGUCUAGGCGAACUAUUGGAGGGCAAGAAUAUAGAUAAAGAUACUCAGUUGCUGGAAUUCUUGCAAUCAGAGGCGGCGACCCCAUUGGCGAUGCUAGCGAGAACUUUGGAUGUACUGACUCCGGAGGACCGUCGUCGACAACUGCCGCUCGCUUUUAAGCCCGUUAUCGAAGAUCCCAGUAGUCCGGAUAGUUUCAUAAGUACGCCGAUUUUGGAUCUAAUGCAUGAAAAGGAACGCUUGAGUGGCAUGCCUCUCCUGAUGGGCUAUAACUCGGGGGAGGGCAUAUUCAUGAUUGUGCCUGCUAGACGUAAGCUGGAGCUUUACAAUGAGGAUUUGGCGCGUUUGGUACCGCGCAAUCUGGUGGUCAAACCGGAGGCACCAGAAGCGUUGGAAGCGGCCGAAGAUUUGCGUCAAUUCUUCUUCAAUGGACAGGAUGUGACUGUUGAAAACCUGGUCGAUAUCUUCACUGAUUAUUUCUUUAACAUCGAUCUUCAGCAUGCUGCUGAGAUUCAUGCCAACUGCCAGAGGAAUUCUCCCCUCUAUUUCUACCGCUUCGACUAUGUGGGCGGACGGAAUAUAUACAAAAGCAUGUUCCAAGCGAAUGAUUUGCGCGGAGCUUCACACGGUGAUGAACUGUUUUAUCUAUUCCAAAUGUCGGAGAACGAUGCUGCACUGGAGCCAGCGGAUGCGGAAAUGACAAAGCGUAUGUGUCACAUGUGGGCGAAUUUUGCGAAGCAUGGUAAACCGUCAGACAGCUGGACGCCAGUGCAAAGACAAAGGCGAAGCGCCAAUGGAGAGCUGGAGCCCUUUCAAUUGGACUACAUGCUAUUGGAUCGGGAAUGCAAAAUGCAACGAAAUCCAGACGGGGAGCGUAUCGAUUUCUGGCGCAGCAUGUACAAAAGAUAUAGAUCAAAAUGCUAUGCAGCAUUAAGAGCUAAAUUGUAACGGAUAUUUUGCAUAACUAUAUGCAUAAAACUUUGAUAUUGCCAUUUUAAACUGCUCAUCAGUGUAUCGAUAUAUUUGUAGUAUUUUAACUCAUAGUAUAUAAUAACUUCGAUAAAUAACAAUGCCUUCC